ACAAGAAACCAAAACUGCUAUAUAUGCAACUAGCAAAUUAAGAAGAUUGAAAAGUCUCUGCUGGAAAAUCAGUUAUGGAAGACAGCAGAAUGAAGCCCGAUGGUGAUACAGAAAGCCCUUCCAAAGAUAUAGAGAAGGGAGGACAUGUUGAAGUUGCUGAAGGAGAGUACAAUUCGAAGCUGCAGCCUUCACCUGCGCAAAAGGAUGGAGCUGAGAACAAUGAGAGCAAGCACAAACAGGAAGCAGCCGAUGUUGAACUGAUGUCAGCCAGAGCUGAAACUGGGGAGGUUAGAGAAGAAAAUGAAAGGCUAAAGGUGUUAUUAGCUCGAACCAUGAAGGAUUACCAGAAUCUUCAGAUGCAUUUUCUUGAUAUUAUACAAAAAGAAAAAAGAAAAAAGGGAACUAUGGAUACCAGUAGUAGUGCUGAUCAUCAAGGAACUGUUCCGGCUGAACCUGAUGAACUCGUGUCCCUUAGCCUCGGGAGAACCUCGAGUAGUACUACUAGUAGUUCUCAUGAGCAUUAUCUCAGAAAGGAUCAUCAUGAGAUCGUAAAAAAGACCAGCAGAGAUAGCAAUGACGAGGUAAUGCAUGAACCUGGACUUGCAUUGGAAUUGGGAUGCAGAUCAUCUGAGCCAGCUGCUACUGAUCAUGAAACUAUGAAGGUUAAUUCAAGCUCUGAAUAUAAUAGUUCAGUUGGAGACCCAAAGGAAGAUGAAGUAGCUGAGAUAUGGCCACCUAGUAAAAUGUUAAGGACAAGAGACGAUGAUGUUUCACAACAGCUGACCCAUUUGAAGAAAGCUAGGGUUUCUGUCCGAGCUAGAUGCGAUACUCCAACAUUGAACGAUGGAUGCCAAUGGAGAAAAUAUGGACAGAAAAUAGCGAAAGGAAAUCCGUGUCCUCGAGCAUACUACCGUUGCACAGUCUCACCAUCGUGCCCUGUGAGAAAACAAGUGCAAAGAUGUGCAGAAGACAUGUCGAUAUUGAUCACAACCUAUGAGGGUAACCACAACCACCCCCUUCCUAUGUCAGCCACGGCUAUGGCUUCCACCACCUCUGCCGCUGCAUCCAUGCUUCAGUCUCACUCCUCCACCUCGGAACAAGGUCUUCUAAACUCAACUACAGCCCCCGUCUCCACCUCCACUAGUAACCCCCAUAGCCUUGGACUAAACCUCAUCAAUAGUCUCUCCCAAAAUUCAUCGAGACAACUACCACAGUCACAGUUCUAUUUUCCCAACUGUACAAUCUCGACCAACAAUUCCCACCCAACCAUCACCCUUGAUCUCACUGCUCCAUCUCCCUCCCAAUUCGGACUACGAUUCGGUUCAGGGUUACCGAGAUUUUCCCCGAGUAGAAGCCUCAACUUUUCAUCAUCAUCUUCCUCUUCUUUAGACCACAACACAUUACAACAAGCACCAGAUUGGAUGACCAAUCAUCACGCUACCGCAGGCUAUUUCAACUAUGGGACAGUUCUAUCUCAUCAGAACAGGAUGAACCAAGUUGUUGGUGGUUCUUCUCUCAACAUUGGAAAGCAGCCAUUUCAAGAACCAAAUUUCUACCAAUCUUACGUACAAAAUGCUCAUCAGAACGCAGCUCCUGCUCCACCUCAGCAUCAUAUGUUUACAGAGACAAUAGCCGCUGCAACAAAAGCAAUCACAUCAAACCCUAAGUUUCAUUCAGCUUUAGCGGCGGCACUCACAUCAUUUGUUGGUACUAAUGGCAGCAGCAGUACUAGUACUGAAAGCUCAGGUCUGAAAUUAAAAAGGGAUGAGUCCUUAACACCGAAUAAUCCAAUCUAACCUGCAUCAACUCGGGCAGAGAAUCAGGUGUGCACCUCCGGCUACUUGAAGUCUUGAACAAAUGAAAUCAACAUCACCAUUAAUUGAAUUAGUUCUCAAUAACAUGGAAGCUUUUUUUUGUUUUCCACCUUCAUUAUAUAACAAUAUUCCAUGCACGAACGUCUUACACUUCUGUUUCUCAGCUGAGAAUAGCACGAGGGAUUUCAAGCAGACUAAUGCUAGAGCUAGCUAGGGACAAUAUUUUUCGAUCACAUUUAUGAAAUGCAUUAUGCGACAGGUGUGGU